UAUUCACCCUGCAGUGCAGGAGAACAGGACUAGUAGCUUAGUAAAAAUGUAAACUAAAGCAGACUUUUCAGCUCAUCUUCACGCUGAUGGUCAACUAAGGCCAACAUUUCAAAACUAAGGUUUUGUGUCAAAAUUCAAGAGCUAGUCAAGUCACAAGGCAUUGGGAUGGACUGGUUCCACUGUAACAGCUGCUUCCGAAGAGAGGGGCAGAACUUUGCUGUCUCCAGCUGUGGUCACAUCUGCUGUGAAGGCUGCAUCAACCCCAAUAAAAAACAUUGCACUGUGUGUGGAGCCAGCUGCAAUUACCUGGCCAUCUCAGACCAGAUGAAGCCUCAGGAGCAGGUGUUCUUCAAAGACCCUGUGAAGCUCAUUCAGUCUCGUCUGGAGCACAUAGCACAGAUUGCUCUAUUCCAGCAAAGGCAGAAGGAAAGGGUCAUUGUCUACUUCAAAAACAAAUCUAUGGAGCUGGAGAGGAGACUGAAGGAUGUGACAGAUCAGUGUUACAGGCAAGUUUUAGAGCUGAAAAGAGAGAAUGCCGAGUUGAAGAAACCUCUCUCUCAGAGGAGGGCAUCACCUGGACAAUUUCAAACAAAUGGCAGUGCCCAAAGGAUGUCUCUCCCAGUGGCUGUUACCUCCCCAGUCACCCCUCGCUCACGUCCUGUUAGCCACCAAGGCUUUGCUGAAACCCAGGAGAGAUUCAGAGAUAGAAACCCUAGGCUCACCCUCGCAACUCCGCCUGGUUCUGCCACAUCAAUCUCCAGCCUGAGCUCUCUGCACGAGCGUGGUGGCUUCAGGACUCCCACCAUUAUUAGCACUCCCACCCGGUCUGAGAAUCUGACUCCGAACAUUUUCCAGUUCUUGACUGGGUCAUCACUGCACUCCCCAAGGCCUUUCAGAAAUGGCCAGUAAACCGGUAGGUUAUUGUUUCAUGCUGUCUCAUACUGACUUAAUUUCAAUUCUAGUGACAAAAUUGAGAUCCAGUUGAAUUUAGGUUUUAAAUUAAGUAGCUCCUAAAGUGACGAGUUGAAAUGACAAAGAUCCAACUUUGAUUUCAGUACGUGUCCUUUAGUAUUUUGGCAUAGUUCUUACUUUUUCUGCAGAAUCUGAAGAACAGCUGACCCCGAUCUCAGAAAGUGCAGGGAAGCAGUUAACACACACAUUUUUUUUUAUAUAUUUUUUUACUUGUUUCCAGUGAUGCAGUUGUGCAAAUGUUAAAUUGAACAUAAUACAACAUUAAAAAGACAUGCUCCCGUACUUUGGCAAAUAAAGUAUAUAUAUAUUAUUUAAACCUCCCGCUUUGGGAUGAUGUGUCAAAGUGUAGUUCAUAUAUGCAUAAUCUAUGAGCAGAAUUACUGUCUUCAAUUCAAUUAGCCACAAAAUCCCUAGUUUGAAAAUACUUUUCUUGAAACUGUGCAGCACCAUUUCCCCUACAUUUCACCCCACGUGGGCCAGCCCCUUAACAAUGAGUUCUAGCCCUUGCAUUGAUUGGAAGCUAGCAAGAAGCCUGCCCAGCAUUAUCCAAUGAGGUUGCAGGAUGGGCCCAAUGACUCAGUUGAAACAGUAGAGAGCAAUGAGGUGGUGCACAUCACAUAUGUGAUGUAGUACGCAAUUUUCAGGGAUCACUUUUGGCUUGGGAGUGCUACUUUCACAACUACUAGAUAGAAAAGAUAGAAAAGUACUGGAGAAUCUCUGACUUUUGAAAUGAGCGCCAUGUGUCCAGUUAGGUAGAAAAUUGAAAAACUGUUUACAACUACAAUUAAAGGGAUCGGCAACUGAGAAUAGUGUUAAGACAAACAUUUCUCCUCCAGCCCUCUACAGCAUUCUUGUACUUCCUUUGUAAUGUUCUCAUAGCUAAUAGAAAAAACAUUUACACUGUAGAAAAUGUUGCUUAAUGUUGAUUAAAAUACUUUUACUGGUAUACCUGGAUGAAUGUAAUAUGUGUAAUUUUCCCCUCAGAGGCAUAGAAAAUGGCCUGCACAAAACACUACUUAUUGCGUUGGAUUAAAGUGGACUAAGACAA